AUGGCUCUUGAUACUUUGGAUCUAAGCGUUUUGGCGGUCGUUGCCAUUCUAUUGGCUGCUUAUUUCACCAGAGGCACUCUGUGGGGCAAUUCCGACGAUGGCGUUACAGUUGCGCGUGGGUCUUCCAGAGAUCUCAUUGAGGUGAUCUCGGCCAACGAGAAGAAGGCCCUUGUUCUCUUCGGUUCUCAGACAGGUACUUCCGAGGACUACAGCCACAAAUUUGCCAAGGAGUUCCAGUCUCGGUUCUCUAUUCCAACCAUGUGCGGAGACCUUGCUGAUUACGACUAUGAGAAUCUAAACGAGAUCUUUACGAGCGUGGAUGGAUUCCAGCUGAUCGUGUUUUUGAUGGCCACUUACGGCGAGGGCGAACCUCCUGACAAUGCUGUGGAGUUCUUUGACUAUUUGGAGAACGAGUGCGAAGAUUUGUCCACGGUCAAGUUUUCGUGUUUCGGUCUGGGUAACUCGACCUACGAAUUCUACAACGCCAUGGGUAAAAGAACCGUUUCCACUCUCACCGAGAAGGGCGCCACUCUGAUUGGUGAACUAGGUCUUGGAGACGACGGCAGAGGAACCAUGGACGAGGAUUACAUGGCCUGGAAAGAUGGAUUGUUUGAUGUGCUCAAGGACAAAUUGAGUUUAAAAGAGCACGAUCUCGUGUACGAGCCUGGUAUCAAGGUCGAGGAAAGCUCGUUGACCGUGUUGUCACCAGAGGUGUCUUUGGGAGAGCCAGACUCUAAGUAUGUGAACCCAUCUGAAGACGACCUCAAGUCUCACAAGCUCGGCCCGUUCGACCACACUCAUCCUUACCUUGCUCCGAUCACCGCCAGCAAGGAGUUGUUCAACUCGGAAACAAGACACUGUGUCCAUGCUGAGUUCGACUUGUCAGACUCGAAUCUCAAGUACUCUACGGGAGACCAUCUUGCCAUCUGGCCUUCGAACUCUAACGAGGAAGUUGCCAAGCUUUUGGACAUUCUUGGAUUGUCCGACAAAAAAGACAUUGUGAUCAAGAUCUCGUCCUUGGACCCUACCGUGCAUCCUCACGUGUCGUCUCCCAGCACCUACGAGUCCGUGAUCAGACACUAUCUUGAGAUCUCGGGCCCUGUUUCCCGUCAGUUUGUUGGUUCGGUUGCACAGUUUGCUCCGACUGAGGAGGCAAAAGCUUUGGCCAGCAAGCUUGGAAAGGACAAAGAGUUGUUCCACAAGGAGGUUACGGCCAAGUACCUGAACAUCUCCGACUUGUUGCACGUGUUGAGCAAUGGUGCCAAAUGGACCACUGUUCCAUUUGAGUUUGUGAUAGAGUCCAUUGCUCACCUGCAACCAAGAUACUAUUCGAUUUCUUCGUCGUCCAUGAGCGAGAAGCAGACUGUUCACGUCACUGCUGUGGUUGAGCAGGAACGGUAUCCUAAUGUUGACAAAGUGGUCACUGGUGUGGCUACGAACUUACUUUUAAACAUCCAGCAGGCCCAGAACAAAGUGUCUGAUUCCAAGUUGCCGGUGACAUACGACUUGGCAGGUCCAAGAAACAAGUUUGAAAAAUUCAAGCUACCUGUUCACGUGAGAAGAUCCACGUUCAAGUUGCCGUCUAACCCUGCCACCCCGAUCAUUUGUAUUGGUCCGGGUACUGGUGUUGCUCCUUUCAGAGGGUUCAUCAGAGAAAAGGUGAAGCAGGUGGAGAACGGAUCCAACGUUGGCAAGGCUGUGCUUUUCUUUGGUUGCAGAAACUCCAACGAGGACUUCCUCUACAAAGACGAAUGGGUUGACUAUUCCAAGAAGCUGGGCGACAAGUUCGAGCUGGUGACUGCAUUUUCUCGGGAAACCGCCAAGAAGGUCUAUGUUCAAGACAAGAUGCUUGAAAAAGCCAGCGAGAUCAACCAGGCUCUGAAUGACGGAGCGUUCUUCUACGUUUGUGGAGACGCUGCGAGAAUGGCCAGAGACGUCCAAUCUGUUCUUAUCAAGAUCUUCGUUGCCGAGAGAAAGGUGACCGAAGAAGUUGCAACCGACAUGGUGAAGAACCUUAGGGUUUUAAAUAGAUAUCAGGAGGAUGUUUGGUGA